AUGCUCUUCACCAAGACCGCCAUCCUCUCGGCCAUGGCCGCCCUGGCCUCUGCCUACACCCAGCCGGACUACAACAAGUCCCCCUCGGGCAAUGCCAUCACCAAGCCCGGUCUCAACGACCUGGUUACCGCCGGCAAGCCCUACACCAUCGAGUGGGAUCCUGAUACCAAGGGCCCCAUCUCCCUGGUCCUCCUCCGCGGCCCCUCCACCAACGUCCAGCCCAUCGACACCCUGGCCGAAGCUAUUGACAACUCCGGCCACUUCGACUGGACCCCCAGCUCCGAGUUGGAGCCUGACACCACCCACUACGGUCUCAUGAUUGUCGUCGAGGGCUCUGGCCAGUACCAGUACUCUACCCAGUUCGGCGUCAAGAACGAGGAGUACGGCAACUCUGCCUCUUCGGCUUCUGCUUCUGCUUCCGCCCCCAGCAGCGCCCCCGCUACCACUGAGACUGCUGUGAGUAAGGGUGAUGGCCUCCACACCAUCUACUCGACUGAGGAGUUUGUGACUACUAGGUGCCCCAAGUGCUCUGCUGAGGCCUCUGCCGCUGACGCCGCUGCUGUCACUGGCUCCAGCUCUGGCUCUGCUUCUUCCAGCGCUCCUUCUUCUGUGUUCACCGGUGCUGCGGACCGCAACACCAUUGGUCUCGGUGCCGUCGCUGCUGGUAUGCUGGCCGCUUUUGCUUUCUAA